UCGUACAAAAAUAUGACAUGUUUCAUACUAGUUCAGUCUCUGUCUGCAGCUGAAAUUUUCAGCGGAUAAAAUCGACAGGGAACAGAUACAGCUAUUUAGGCAUGGCAACGUCGGACGAUUCUUCUUCUUCGAACCCCAUCGACGAUGAUAAUUCCAAUGCCCAAGCAAGCCCUAACCCUAAUUCUUCGAAAUCUUUAGUUUCUGUUCCGUCCGGUUCGCCUGCUGUGUGCUUCGUCCAGUUCGCUAGCGAUUCCUUCGCCGGCGCCUUCAUGGGUUCUAUCUUUGGUUACGGUUCCGGGUUGUUCAAGAAGAAAGGCUUCAAAGGAUCCUUUGGAGAGGCAGGAUCUCAUGCCAAGACAUUUGCAGUUUUGUCUGGAGUACACAGUUUGGUUGUCUGCUUCCUAAGAAGGUUGCGAGGGAAGGAUGAUGUAAUUAAUGCUGGAGUAGCUGGAUGUUGCACUGGUCUUGCUUUAAGUUUUCCGGGUGCACCCCAGUCUCUCUUACAGAGCUGUCUCACAUUUGGAGCAUUUUCCUUCAUCGUCGAAGGGCUAAACAAGCAGCAACUCGCGAUGGCACAUUCAUUGUCUGCGAGAAACACAAGUGGACAGUUCAAGAGGCCAUCUUCCAUGGCACUCUCUCUUUCACUCCCUCUACCAGAGGAAUUGAAGGGUGCUUUCUCUUCUUUCUGCAAGACCUUGAGAAAACCUAGAUGGGACAAUUUUCCAACUUCCUGUUGACAAUCUUGGGCAGGGCAUGUCAUGUUCUUCAGUUUUUCAUAUAUAACCUCUGUGGUGACAAUGUGUUAUGUAGAUUUUUAGUUGAGAUUUUGAAGCUUGUUGCCAGAAGAAUUAUGAAGUCACUUUUUGUUUGCUGAUUAAUGCUAUUGCAUUUCUUGAGUA